AUGAGUGCAUCGAAUGAUGGACAAAUUAUCAAAGAAAAAUAUAUCAACGACUCACGUCGUCAAAUAGAAGAUCUCAGUAUCAAAAUUCUCUUUGGACGUUUGAUGUGUGACAUAGGUCAAUGGACUCAAUCACAACAUUUCUUUGAAAUUUUAUUGAACAAUUGGAAUAACAACAACGAAGAUCUUGCAAAGAUUGAACGUAGUCUUGGUGAAGUUCUUCAAUGGAAAGGAGAAUGGAAUGAAGCAAGAAAAUGUUAUGAUCGUGCUUAUGAUCGAAUCAUGAAUGUCAAACCAAUACGGAUCAAGGAGUUAGCUGAUAUACUAUUCGAUAUUGGUGAAAUUCUCUAUCUAGAAGGAAAGUACGAAGAAGCUCAAGAUUAUUAUAGAAAAGCAGAACCUUUAAACAAUGUUCUCGAUGGUACUGUGUUACUCGAUUUCGACGAAUUUCUCGAUGGUACAGUAUUACGAAGUUCCGACGAAUUUCCUAUCGAUUUCCAUCGAAAUAUACGACAAACAAAAUAG